CAUCAAUAACGUAACCGACUCCCUUUGUGCCAUCAUGUUGAACGCUCUAUAUAAGAUCAAGCCCCAAUGGCCGCGUAAAGUAGCCAUCAAACCUGUAGCCGGCAGGUUCCAAUUCAUCCUCAAUCUGAAAGGUCGCAAAGGCUCAGGCUGCCUCCUUCGCCACAAUGGUCUACCUCGGCACACUCCUCGUGUCUGCCGGCCUCUUCUUCACCGGCGUCCUCUCCCAGGACAACCUAGGCCUGAGCAGCGGCUACAUCACCCUCACAACAAAGAACUUCAAUCUCCAACUCGUCAAAAACGCUCAAGUCCUAGCCUCACUCAAACCCGCCGGGGACACCUUUGAUUUCCUUCCGUUAGACUACCUCUCCCUCCGCGCCCGCAACGGCCAAUACCACUGGGGCGACAUCACCUUUCGCUACCGCCAAUCCGGCACAACCGCCUGGACAAACGGGCAUUCCGCUGCGGCCCGCCAGCCCGUCACCACCGUCGCCCCGUCCACCGGCAUCCUCGCCUCCUCCCGUCUUGGCCCCACCCUUCCCUCCGGCAGCCCGCUCAAUAUCACCCGAGAAUGGCUGGAUGUCUCCGGCGACCUCGGUCUGCGCUUCACGCUCCAAAACUCCGGCUCUGCUGCCAUUGAAAUUGGUAGUCUCGGCUUCCCUGCCGAGUUCAACAGCAUCUUUACGAACCGCUAUGCCGCUGAUAUGCAGCGCGUCUGCUCCCUCUCGGAUCCCUACGUCGGCAUGCACGCCGGCCAGAUCCGCGUGGCGCCGACCCGUGGCACCGGCGCCGCUCUCGUUGUUACCCCGCUGGGCGACACGCCUCUUGAAGCAUACCGCAACCUCGCCGAGCGCAGCUACGAGGGCACAUAUUACGGCAGCCAGACAUUCGAGGGCUUCUACGAGUGGCAAGUCCUCACAAAGGCCUGGGCAGAGAACGAGUGGCGCUCCCAGACACCGUGGAAUACCCCCUCCUCCAGAACCCUGCAGCCAGGUCAGUCGCUCCAAUUCGGCGUGCGCUUCUCCGUCGCAAAGGGGGGUGUCCGAGAUCUCGACGCCACUGUUCGCGGCACAAAUACGCCAACCGCUGUCGGCGUGCCGGGCUACAUCAUCCCACGAGGCGAGCCAGCGCAGCUCUUCCUCCAAUACGCCCAAUCCACAGUCCGCUCCAUCGCCUCAGAACCAGCCGGAGCCUUGACAGUAACCCUCGUCUCAGCAGGGAAGUACACAGUCACCCCCUCCACGACAACCUGGGGCCGCAUCCGCCUUACCGUGACCUACGCCGACGGCAAGAUCCAGACGAUCCACUACUAUGUAACCAAGCCCUCCACCGAGGCCGUCGCCAGCCUCGGCAAGUUCCUCACCACGGCGCAGUACUUCAACGAUACGUCGGAUCCCUUUGGUCGCGCGCCUUCGGUGAUGACCUACGACUACGAGACCAAGUCCAUCGUCACGCAAGACUCCCGCGCAUGGGUAGCCGGCCUCAGCGAUGAAGCUGGCGCAGGAUCAUAUCUCUCGGCUUUCAUGAAACAAGCUAUCCAACCCAACGCGGACGAGGUAACCAAGCUCGAAGCCUUCGUCGACCGCGUCCUCUGGAAAACGAUUCAAACCUCGGACUUUGCCGUCCGCAAAGCAAUCUUCUUCUACGAGCCCGCCGCCGUGCCCGGGUAUGCGUAUUCCUCCUCUAUAGACUGGACAUCCUGGACAUCAUGGAACAAAGCAGCAGCCUACUCCAUCGACCGGGCUUACAACUACGUUCACGUUGCGGGCGCCUACUGGUCCCUCUACCGCGUCGGACGGGCCUAUCCGGCUCUUCUCAAGACCCACGCCUGGGACUGGUACCUCAACCAGGCGUAUGAGACGGUCAUGCGGGCGAUGAAAGGGGAUGUUGGAUACAACCGCGUCGGACUGAUGGGGGAGACGGUGUUUGGCGAGAUUCUAGCCGAUUUGGGCCGCGAGGGGCAGACAUCCAAGGCGAGUGCUUUAUCUGCUGCCAUGAAGUCGCGUGCUGCGCAGUGGGAUACGGAGGAGGUCCCGUUUGGGAGUGAGAUGGCGUGGGAUUCGACGGGUCAGGAGGGUGUUUACUAUUGGGCAAAGUACUUUGGCUACACAAACACCGCGACAAAGUCCGUCAAUAGCGUUCUCGGCUUCAUGCCAACCGUUCCUCACUGGGGCUGUAACGGCAACGCCCGCCGCUACUGGGAUAACAUCUACGGCGGCAAACUCCGCCGCAUCGAGCGCCAAAUCCACCACUACGGCUCCGGCCUAAACGCUCUCGUCCUCCUCUCCGCCUUCCGCUCCGCCCCAACAGACACCUACCUCCUCCGCACAGGCUACGGCGGCACCACAGGCCCCCUCUCCAACAUCAACCAAGACGGCUUCGCCGCCGCCUCGUUCCACAGCUGGCCCGACACGCUGAAAUGGGACGGCAUCAGCGGCGACUACGGCCCCAACUUUUUGGGUUUGGCCCUUGGGUCUGGCACAUACGUCGUUCAGGACGCUGAACUUGGAGUGCUGGCGUUUGGUGGGAUUGUGACCGCGAAUUCGGGGGCCGUGAGUGUUACGACGAAGGAUGCGGUUAGGAGAAAGGUGUUUAUCGGGCCUUUGGGGGUGCUUGUUAGUGUUGAUGCUGGGAUUAUUCAGGAUUUCAGUUUUACAGUUUCUUCGAAGGGUGUCUCUGUUACGUUGGCGCAGUUGGAUGGUGUUCCAAAGGCUGCGAGCGCAGUUGUGUGGUUGGAGAGUACCACUGGGACGGGUGCUUUCAAAGUCACGACGUCGGGUAUCGGACAGGCGAGGGGCGGGUGGUCUGUUCCUCUUUCGGGGAGCAGUGUGACUGUUCAGAUUGGACCUGCGUAGGCUUGUCUGGGAGAUUGUAGUGCUUGAGAACGGGGCGGGUGUGAAACGUCUUUGAUGUCUUUUCUUUCGAGGAUGCCCGUGAGAACUGAUAGCUCUCAGUAUAAUC